AUGUCUGAAAUCCUCGAAACCACGGUCGCCUAUCUGGUAGCGCUACCAAAAGCGUCCUGGACCAAGAUCACCUGGCACCUUGCUGUUAUUUACCUCGUAUAUGUCGUCGCUCGCUCGAUUUACAGGGUAUGGUUUCAUCCUUUGUCAAGCUAUCCAGGCCCGAAGCUAGCAGCCAUUACCCAUUUGUGGUAUGCUCGUCACUGGAUGGGGGGAAGGUAUCCAUUUGCCAUUGAAGAAGCGCAUAGACAGUACGGCGAGGUUGUUCGCAUCGCACCUAAUGAGCUCAGCUUCAACACUGCCCAGAGCUUUAGUGAAAUUUACGGACACGCCACUAAGGACCACAAGCCAUUCAUCAAAGGGACUUUCUAUGAGCAUUACCAGCCGGAGCCGGGAAUUGUCGCCGAGCGCAACCCAGAAAAGCAUCGAGACACUAGAAAGCUGCUGGCCCAUGGAUUCAGUGCCCGGGCUUUGAAAGCCCAAGAGUCCAUCAUUCACCAGUACAGUGAUCUGUUCCUUGCCCAGGUGAAGAAGCUGGGUACUAAAAGGGGACUUGACAUGCGAGAACUCGACAGUGCCAAAUCUCACUUCUGGAUCGACACGAUCCACGACGCCGGGAUCCUCGUCACCCUAUUCGAGAUCGGCCGCCGUCUCCCCCUCCUCUGGCCCUUCAUCCUUUUCUCCUUACCCAUCGGCAUCAAGAAAAAAUUCGACCUCUUCCUCAAAUACUCCCGCGACCUCGUCCGCGCCCGCGUCGCGCGACAGGACACCGUCACCCGCGAGGACUUCUUCGCCCGGCUGCUGGCCGACAAGUCCCGCUCGCAAUCCGAGGAAUGGCUCCUCGCGCAGGCGAACGUGCUCGUCAUCGCCGGGUCUGACACCACUGCCACGGCACUGACUACCCUGAUAUACUACCUCGCAGCCCACCAGGACAAGCUCUGGCAUCUCCAGCAGGAACUUCGGGAGACGUUCGACGAGGCUUCAGACAUGACCAGCGAGAAACUCCAGGGUAUGCCGUACCUGACCGCCGUGAUCGAAGAGGGGUUGAGAAUCUGUCCACCGACCUCUUUCGGUUUGCCCAGAAUAUCGCCCGGGGCCAUGGUGGAGGGACAGUUGAUUCCCAAGGGGACGGUAGUCUCCACCUCCUCAUGGACCACAGCCCACCGCGAGGAUUAUUUCCACGACGCAAGGGGCUUUCACCCGGAGCGCUGGCUUCCCACCACGCAUGCGCUCCGGAACUCCAAGUUCCAGUAUGACCACCUUGCCGCGUCGAAGCCGUUCUCGCUGGGCCCGCGAGGCUGCCUCGGAGUCAAUCUGGCAUACAUGGAGAUGCGAAUUACCCUAGCCAAGUUGGCGUGGAAGUUUGAUUGGGAGUUGAUCAAUGCGGACCAACUGGACUGGGAAAGUGAGUUGCGAUUCGAAGGAUUUUGGAAAUUGCCCGUUCCUCAGGUCCGGUUCUUCUGCAUGGAUGACUAG